AUGCGACCUUAUGUUAGAAAAGAGAGAAAAUUGCAUCUUUUUAAGGAACAAGAGAUUAUAGAAAGUUUCUUCUACGUCAAAAGCCAAUUGGAAAAAAUGAUUGAAGAAGAAAAUGUAAUAGUUUUGUUUGUAGGUACUUCUCCUCAUUUAUCAGAAAUCGUUAAGCAAGCCGCUAUUAGUUGCCAAUCUCCUUAUUUAGCUAAUUAUUGGCCAGGAGGAUUUUUAACCAAUUUUCGUACCAUUCGCCAACAAAUAAAGCACUUAAAAGAUUUACUUUAUUUUCAAAAAUCAGAAAAGUUUGCUUCUCUGUCUAAAAAAAGACAAGCUGAGUUAGAAAAAGAAAUCACCAAGCUAAAAGAAGUUUACGAAGGGGUAUUGGAUUUACUAAAGUAUGACUGUUUAUUCACUUCUCCGCGAGAAGAGAAACGAAGUAAGAUUUUAUUAUUUAUUAUCGGAUUAAAAAAAGAAAAAACUGCUCUUAAAGAGGCUAAGAGUUUAAAUAUUCCGGUUAUUGCUAUUUGUAAUACGGAUGGUGAUCCUGAUUUGAUUGAUUAUUUAAUUCUAGGCAAUGACUACACGGAAAGUUCAGUUGCCUUUUUGAUUGAUAAAGUGGCUGAAAUUAUUCGUGAAAGCAAACUAAAAAAGGAUGCUGGGCUGUCCACAGAGAAAGCGGCGGUCGCUGCUGCUAACGAAGAAAAAGUUCUCUCUACCGAAGCACAUUAA